CCCAGAACAGGAGGAGUCCUCAGAAUCUGAGAAACCCAUCUCUGAGCCGGAGUCCACCCUCCACCACUGACACAAUGACCCCCUCGUGCUGCUCCCCGCACUGUCAGCCCACCUGCUGCAGGACCACCUGCUGUGAGUCCAGCUGCUGCAAGCCCUGCUGCCCCCCUACAUGCUGUCAAACCACCUGCUGCACCACCUGCUGCAAACCUAUCUGUGUGACCAGCUGUUGCCCGCCCACCUGUUGCAGCAAACCCUGCUGUCAGCCCACCUGCUGUGGCCAGUCUUGCUGUCAGCCAGCUUCCUGUGCACCUGUGUACUGCCGCAGAAUCUGCUACCACCUCACGUGCUGCUGCCUGCCUGGGUGCCAAGCCCAGGAAUGUGGAUCCAGCUGCUGCCAGCCUUGCAGCAGCCCUGUCUGCUCUCAGACCACCUGCUGUAGGACCACCUCCUGCCACCCCAGCUUCGUGUCCAGCUGCUGCCAGCCUUCCUGCUGCUGAUCACUUUGCUAAAGAAUCACUGUCUCUCUAACCAACCUUCUCAUCACCUGAUUUGGCAUUCCAGAACAAAUUUUACUUCCAAAUGUUGCUACAGCCAAUGUUCUAUCACCAAAUUGUUGUUAUUAAUCUCCCUGGUUAAAAGGUUGAGAAUCAGCUUGGUAGACUGGGGAGGACUUCCCCUUGAUUCUCUUCCUCCUGUGUAUAUGAGUCAUGUUCCACGUUCCUGCGUCCUUGAUAUGGAGUGAUGGUCUCCACUUUGACUCGGAAAUCAGGAUCUUCAUCUUCCCUCUACAUGUAACUAUGAAGACACAUACUCAUGACUUUCUUCAGUUUCUGCUGCUAUCUUCAUAAUAAUCUUCAUAAUCAUGUUCCUUUUCAAUGUACUCAUCAUUCUCAUAUCCUGCUUUCUUCUUUUUAUGAUCACUUCUAGUGUCUCCCAGAAGCAGGGAAUCUUACCUGAAUUUCUAAAUGACCCUUGUGCCGCUAUUCAUGUCAUAUUGUGCUCUGUGUUCUUACGCAACAUUCAUGAUGUGAGGAUUUACACACAGACGCAUAUGCUAUGAAUUAUUCAUUCUGAGCUCAUACAAUGCCCCACAUUUACUAUUUCUAUUUCGCAUGAGAAAAUGACCAACUUGGUAGAUUGCCUCCAAGUGAACACACUCCUGUCACUCUUACCAGCUUAAGAAAUAGAACUUGCUGUCUUCAAAUUCUCUCACUCAUUCCCAAAUGUAGGCAAGUUCACAAUUUUUCUAAACUUGAUAUAAAUGAGAUACUAUAUAAUUGGCCACUUGUUCUUUAUAUUAGGAUUGUGACACUGAUCCAUGUAAUAAUCUGAAGUUCAUUUAAUCUCCUUACUGUAUCAUCUUCCACUGAAUGCAUAUGACACCUUUCAUUUGUUUACUACUGAUAUAUGUGUGGAUUCUUUGUAGCCUGGGGCUAAUAAAA